GGCCGGGGAGAUGGAGAAUUAGACGUGAAACAGAUAUGAGUGGAAAGCCGGUGAUCACUGACUUUCUGAUAAAGUCCACGGUAAUCUCCAGAUACGCGCUGACCACAGUGCAGAGUGCAGUCCACAAUCCUGGCUCAGAAGCACGGGAGGCUGUCUUCGACAUGGAACUUCCACACGAAGCCUUCAUCUCCAACUUCACCCUGAAGAUCGAUGGGAGGGUCUAUGUGGCGGAGGUAAAGGAGAAGGAGGUAGCCCGACGUGUCUACGAUGCUGCGCGAGCGAGGGGACACACAGCAGCUCAUCUGGCCACCAGGGGCCGCGAGAUGGAGAAGUUCCAGGUGGCGGUCAACGUGGAAGCCGGGGGCCGCGCCGACUUCACGCUGAGCUACGAGGAGCUGCUGCCGCGGAGGCUGGGCCACUACGAGCUGGCGCUCAGCAUCCGGCCCCAGCAGGUGGUGCGCAACCUGACCGUCGAGGUGGUCAUCGCCGAGCGGACCGGCAUCGAGUACGUCGAGGUGCUGCCCCUCCGGACCAGCGAGCUGCUGGACAACAGGCUGAAAGGAACGCAGGACGUCCUGAAGUCCACCUCGGUGGAGCGGACCACGACCUGCGCCCGGGUCUGCUUCACCCCGAGCCCCGAGCAGCAGGCCCUGUACUCCAGCCAAGGUAUCCAAGGAGACUUUGUGGUCCGUUACGCUGUCCAAAUGGCCGAUCUCAUCGGGGACAUACAGACCUUCAAUGGCUAUUUUGUUCACUACUUCGCUCCAACCACUUUACCUGUUGUAUCCAAGAGCGUGGUCUUUGUCAUUGAUAUCAGUACAUCGAUGAUCGGAACAAAGAUCAGACAGACAAAGGAAGCGAUGAACACCAUCCUGAGUGACCUUCGACCCGAUGACGAUUUUAACAUUAUCACCUUCUCAGACAUCAUUGAGGUGUGGAAGGUGAACCAGUCUAUACAAGCCACCAAACAGAAUGUGCAGAAGGCCAAGAAAUACAUCAACAUGAUUGUGCCCUCCGGGUGGACCGACAUCAACGGGGCUCUGCUGGCGGCCGCCAAGCUUUUCCACGGAGACGGUCAGGCCGGGGGAGGAGAGGCCGGGACCAAGGUGCCGCUGAUUAUCUUCCUGACCGACGGGGAGCCGACCUCCGGGGUCACCUCAAGCAGCGCCAUCAUCGGCCACGCCAGGGAGGCCCUGCGGGGCUCCCUGUCCCUCUUCUGCUUGGGCUUCGGUGACGACGUGGACUUCCCCUUGCUCCAGAGGCUGGCGCUGGGCAACCGCGGCGUGGCCCGGCGCAUCUACGAGGACGCGGACGCCAGCCUCCAGCUCAAGGGCUUCUACGACGAGGUGGCCAGCCCCCUCCUCGUCGACGUGCGGCUCGACUACCUCGACAACCGGGUGGAGGACGUGACCCGGGCCCUGUUCCCCGCCUUCUUCAACGGGUCGGAGCUGGUGGUGGCCGGGAGGCUGAGGGCCCCGCCGGACCGGGACCGGGGCCGGGGCCUCCGGGUGCGCCUGCAGGCCUCAGGCUCCGCCGAGGCCCUGGAGCUGGAGAACGAGGUGCGGCUCAACGAGACGGGGCCCGGCCGGCGGUGCCCGCAGGCGGCGGAGGGGGCCGAGGGCUUCGUCCAGAGGCUCUGGGCCUACCACACCAUCCGGGGGCUGCUGCGGGCCCGGCUGCAGGCGGACGACGGGGAGGGCCGCAGGCUCCUGAAGGAGAAGGCCGUCGCCCUGGCGCUCAAGUACAACUUCGUGACCCCGCUGACCUCGCUGGUGGUCGUCAGGCCCGACGACCGGGCGGGGCCGACCCCGACCCCGACUCCGACUCCGACCGCGACCGCCGACGCCGGGACCUCCGGCACCUCGGCCCAGAGCCCCGCCCCGUCGCCCGCCGCCCUCGGCACGCCCCUCCCGCCGCCGACGCCGACGACCGAGCCCGCGCCGCGGGACCCGAGGAUGCUGCAGGCCGCCAAGAUAACUUUACGAUCAAGACCAGACACUAAAUAUUAUGAUGAACCUUUACCAGCAGUUGAAGCCUCUGAUUAUUAUGAUGAACCUUUACCAGCAGUUGAAGCCUCUGAUUAUUAUGAUCAACCUUUACCAGCAGUUGAAGCCUCUGAUUAUUAUGAUCAACCUGAACCAGUAGAUGAAGCCUUUUAUUAUUCUGAUUAUGACCUCUACUCGGACACUGAAGACAUAGAAGACAUGGAGUAUGUGGCAUACGGUUUAAAAAGUGGAGAGGCAGUCGUUCCCUCAGUAUCAUUCCUUUCUUCUGUGGAUGGUGAUCCUCACUUUAUGGUCAAGAUCCCGCAAUCGAACGAGAGCCUUUGCUUCACCAUUGAUGGGCAUGCGGACGACACCCUGCGCCUCGUCGAGGACCCUCUCUCAGGGGUCACCGUCGACGCCCACUUGGUGGGAGCACCGGCCGACCCGCAGCACAAGGACCUGCCCCGGAACUUCAUCGACAGGAUCACCGUGCGGGUGGUGAGGCCGGCGGCGGCGGGGUCGGGGGUCAGGGUUCAGGAGGUCAACGUCAGCCGGGAAGGCGCGGCCCUGGAAGGGGAGGGCCGCCUCAGCAUUCCGUGGGAGCCCCACUCCGUCACCAGCCGGACCGGCUUGAAGCUCGAGGUGUCCCGAAAGGCCUGCCUGAGCGUCUGGGUGGGCGAGAAGACCCAGUUCCUCAUCCUUCUCCACCGGUACGACCACCCCUCCUCCCUCCAGCUCAACCACCUCGGCUUCUACAUCGUCCAUGGUGACGGGCUGUCCCAGCAAGUUCGAGGCUUGCUCGGUCAGUUCCAGCGGGCUGACCUCCGUCUCCAGAGGCGGACGGUCCCUGGGAAUGCCGGAGAGCCGGAACAAGGCGAGCUGAGUUGCGGAGGUCGCCGGGUGUCCGUGACGCUGACCAGCCGGACUCUGAAGGACUCGCCGCUGCCGGCCCACCGGGCCCCGUGCUGGCUGGUGCACCGGGAGGACGCCGCCCGCCUGUUGGACGCCCCCUACGCCGGUUACAUCGUGCCGCGGAAGCCUGGCUCCUGAGGUCCCCCUCCCCCCCUCCCCUCCCCCGGCCCGGCGGCUUCCGGCCCUCUCCGGGGUCUGAUUUGGGGCUUUGUCUUGGCCGUUCCCCCCUCCCCCCCCCCCACUCGCGCUUCUAAAACACCCACCCCACCCCCGCCAACCACCUCCAAAAUGGCGGCCGCCGCAGGGUGGGCGUUCCGCCAUCGUGUUUCACCGUCUCGCUCCACACGCCCCUUGAACCUGGUCGUUACUUUGAGCUUCGUGGCUCCUUAGCCAAGUCUGGCGUGAGCCGGUGUGACGGCCCCUUCACCGCGCAGGUGGAGGCCAUUCGGCCCAUCCAGUCCUCCAUUGGCGCCCUGAAUGAACCGUCCCACCUCGUCCCAUUCCCCUCUCCCCCCCCCCCCGCCCCCACCUCAUCACCUCGCGCC